AUUGCCUCUGCUCCUCGAGGGCCGGUGAGUAAGGUUCGUCAGUUAUCUGAUAAUCUCUCUCAAAGUAUUGAUUAUGUCAUACCUUAUACAAUCAAUCAGGGUAACUCACCGUCGACGUCAAAUACUCUUCGUCAUCUACAUCGCAUCUACCGCUCUACCGUACUGCCCAUCUCACAUCCACCAGCGAUGGCGUCCGAAACCCGUAAACGGUCGCUCCCCGCGGACGAACCAGGGCCGGACACGCCGUCUUCUGCCAAGAAGCAAAAAGCACCCGAUGGCUCCCCGAUCCCUGCUUCUCCCGCGCCAGCAGGAGCACCUGCAAACAAAGCAAACGACAUCAUCGCAAGAGCAAAGGCGAUUGCUCGCGCAAAAGCUGCUGCGAUCAAAGAGAAGAUGCAGCAGCAAAAUAAAGCAUCUUCGACUCCUCCACCUCCACCACCAUCUAGUCAACCUCAGCCACCCUCAUCAGCAGCACCACCACCGCCGUCUACCUCCUCCUCGAGCUCGUCCGGACUUGAUGUGAAGGCACUGCUCGCUCAGAUCGCUGCUCAGCGAGGCGUACGAGCCUCCGCUACCGCCGCUCCAAAAAAGCCAGAUGUCGGCGCGAAAAAUCUUGCAAACCAGAGAGACGACAUCAAAGCCCACGGCGGACUAAACGUCGGCGUGCACCCCGCGCUUCUCGACUCGCGACUGAAACCAAAGACCGCUCAAGAAUCCGGCAAGGGCUCCAAGAAGCUGAUGGCGCCUAAAUUUUCCAGCACGAUGGCGAAUAAUCGCAAGAAGGAGCUGGAGAUCCUGACAGGGCCGCCUCCUGAGGAAAUUGAUCCGAAGAAGAACCCAUACUUUGAUCCGACGCUGGAUGUGAAGCCCAAGGAGAGAGGGAGGCGGAUGCUGGCAUUUAAUGAGAAGGGAAAGUAUAUCGAGCAGGCGAGAGAGUUGCGAUCGCAGGCGCAGUUGGCGGAACUCGAGAAACGAAUGGAGGCGGAAGCGAAAGCGGCUGGUACAUUUCAGGAGUUUGAUGCUUCCGAUCUUGCAUUGAAGAAAGAGGAACCCCCAGAGGCUGAAUGGUGGGAUCAAGGAUUCCUGGCCAACAAAACCUAUGACGAUCUCGACAACAAAGAGAAUGUACUGAUCGAUUCCGAGCAAUCAAUCAUCACAGACCUAGUACAACACCCGGUCCCCAUCAACCCCCCAUGGGACAAAAAUACAGUCUUGAUCCGCCCGCCGCACCUGACAAAGCGGGAAAUGAAGCGGAUCCGCAAAGCCGAACGAGCAGAGCGACACAAGGAUAAGCAGGACAGAAUCAGGCUGGGUCUCGACCCGGCGCCUCCACCAAAGGUGAAGCUGAGCAACCUGAUGAACGUGCUCACGAACGAGGCGAUUCGCGAUCCGACGUUGGUCGAAGCUCGCGUGCGAAGGGAGAUGGAGGAGCGAAGAUUAGCUCACAUCCGGGACAACGAAGAACGCAAGCUCACGCCCGAGCAGCGGCACGAGAAGCUACAGAAGCAGCUCGAGAAAGAUGAGCAAAAAGGAAUCUUUUGCGCUGUGUUCAAGAUCGGCAGCCUGGCAAACUCACAGCACAGAUUCAAGGUCCACAAGAACGCGCUCGAGUACGGAGUCCGCGGCAUCACGAUCGUCAAUCCAAAGUUCUGCCUCGUGAUUGCCGAGUCUGGCGCCCGCACGCUCAAGCAAUACAAAAAGCUAAUGCUCAACCGAAUCGACUGGACGGCAAACAUCCAGUCGAAGCAGUCAGACGAGUACGAGAUCGAGGGUGUGAAAAACAGCGCUGACCGGUCUUCGCUGGCGGAUCUGUCGCAGAAUAAGUGCGAGCUGAUUUGGGAAGGAGAGUUGAAAAAGCAUCAGUUUUAUCGGUUCACGUAUAGAGAGACCGAGACAGCGGCUGACGUUCGUGAGUUGUUGGAUAAAACCCAGACGACUCAUUACUGGAACUUGGCAAAGACUUGGACUAGUGAUUUGUAAAGAAUGCCUGUAUAUAUUUUGACUCGCGAUGUAUGAUUAUUAGUAUUUAAGAAGAUCGACCA